UGUUGUUCUUCUGUUAAGGGUAUUCUGAUCGGAUCCGAUCUCUGGGUUCUUUUUUCUUCCUCUCCUAUCUAGUUUAGCCUGUGAAUUGUGAAAAUCCACGUCCUGGUUCAAUUUUAUUUGUGUAACAAAAUACCGGAUUUAAAAUGGAUCCCGAAGCUUUUUUGGAAAUUGCAAACCAAGUGUCAAAACUUCAGAUGUUUCCUUAUUUUGAAUUUUGUCACUGUGUAAUUACAUGUCUUUACGUUAAGGAGGACCUAUCGGCAGGUGCUCACCUCUUUUCCCGCAAGCACCCACUGGCAUGUUGGGUAACCUGUAUGUUAUCCAUUUAUGGAGGUGCUAUGUUUGCAAGCUUCCUAUUAGGAGAACCUAUCCUAGCAUCUUUUAAAAACUCAAACUCCCUUUUACUUGCAACAGCGGCAUGGUACUUGACGUUUUACACGCCAUUUGAUUUUGCUUACAAGUUGUUCAAAUUUCUGCCAGUUAAACUCGUGCUUGCUAUGAUGAAAGAAGUUAUUAGAUGUAAAAAGGUUUACGAUGGAGUUAAUCAUGCAGCCAAAGUCUAUCCUAAUGGUUAUUUGAUUAUGAUUAUCAUUGGCACUUUGAAAGGCAAUGGCACUGCAUUUUUGAAAAUCAUUGAACGAUUAUUAAGAGGAGUGUGGACUCCAUCAGCAAUGGAACUGAUGCAGAUGAGUUUCCCUACUAAGGCUUGUAUUGCUGCCUCCAUUAUAUUUGUUUUGGAUAAAAAGACUGAUAUUAUUUCCGCACCUCACGCUCUUGUUUAUUUUGGCAUUGUCAUUUUCUUCAUAUACUUCAAAUUAUCAUCUAUGUUACUUGGAAUUCAUGAUCCAUUUGUUCCUUUUGAAAAUCUUUUCUGUGCCCUCUUUCUGGGAGGCAUAUGGGAUACGCUUGCUAGACUUCUCACUCCUGCCAGCAAAGGUGACCAAACAUCUGUUAAAAGUGAUGCAGCUAAAAAUGGUAAAGCUGACUCUGCAAAGAAAAAGGAAUGAACUGUUCUUUAAAGUUUAUUUGAGACAUCCAAAUAAAUUUUCAAGUACACAACUGCUCAGCAGUGAAACUUUUUUUGAAAUUUUCUGCGGAUGAAACUUACCAAUUAACCAAUAAGGUUUAAAUAAUGGACAAUAUUUUCGAUUGUGCAAUAUGGGAGGUGCUGCCUUAGAAAUGCAGAACUUUGUGACUAUUUUUAAUGAUAUAUAAAAAUCCCUUUUGUUAUUUGAGUAGAGUUUUAGACAAAGUUGUAUUUGACGUCUUUCGUUGAAAAUUACUGAAUACCAUUUAUACAUCAUUUUUCCCAAAAAUUACACUUAAGCAAGGUUCCUCUUUUUUUAGUCCUGUGUAUGUGUUAAUUUAUUUUCCUUAUCUUUAAAUAUUUUGUCUAUAUUUUUUCAGACUUUAUUCUUCACUUUAUAUUUUUGUUUUAUUCAUUGCCAAAAAACUUCAAAGUCAUUGGAAGCCAAAUUCCUCAAGAUGCUGUAGUUCAAUGUGUCUGGAAUUAUUAUAAUUCUAGUCAAUAGAUGAGUUUUGUUCAGAAACAAAUUAGAGCGUAAGACACAUUUUUAGGGUGUGUUGAAUAUGAAGAGUAGAUUUUUUGAAUUAUGUGAGGCUUUUUUAAAUCAUAGAUCUCAAGUUAAUCUUAUAACUGCCUUAAAUUCGACUUAAAGUAAUUGUUAUUAGUUCAAAUGUGUGUUUGAUUUAUGUCCUUUAAGCACAAAUUAUAUCUCUAUUGAUAUAAAGUAUCUGUUUGUGAUGUUUAUCAGUAAUUUUUAAGUACUUAAAUUCAUAUGCGUAAUUUUACAUCCAGUUUAACUUAACAUCAUUUGCUAAUUUUAAAUUAUGAGUUUUAUCAAUUUUAAGAAUGAAUUGCCAAAUGUUUCAUCAGCUCAUCUAUAGUGUUCCGGAUUGUUACUUAUGAUAACUAUUAAAAAUUAAUUGAUCUUUUGUAACAUUUUUAUUAUUUUGUCUUACCUGUAAAGAGAUUUUUUAUGUUGUAAUCAAUUUAAAUUAUUUUGAGUAAUUCUGGAAGCAGAAACAAAAAAUCAUGUUAACAUUUGUUAUUCCAUUACUGUUUUCUUUUUCUUUUUAAAUGUUCCAUUCAUUACAUGUAUUGAGAGUAAUUCUAAAUCUGAAUUCUUUUAUUUGCUCCAAAUCAAUAUUUAUUGUGUUAAAAUCAUGUUCAAAAUCUUUUAAAACAAAUAAAAUAAAUAAGCAAA